UCUUCGAAAGCUUAGCUCAAGAGCGACAAUGGCAUGGAGCUGGUCACUGAGCUUCCUCUUCUCUGCUGAGAUACUCUUCUCUGCUGCUUGCCUCCUACUCUUCUCCUCCUACAUAUACCGAAGCCGGAAGAACCAGCUUCCGGUGGACUGGCCCGUCGUCGGCAUGCUUCCUGGUUUAUUAUCCCGCAUCCAUGGUGUCCAUGAAUAUGGAGUAGAAAUCCUCACCGCGUCCAACUGGACCUUCAUGUUCAAAGGCCCAUGGUUCCUGGGCAUGGACAUGUUGGUGACGUGCGAUCCGGCUAACGUGAACCAUGCUUUCGUUGCCAAGUGCUCCAACUAUCCCAAGGGGAAGGAGUUCACGGAGAUCUUCGACAUGUUUGGCAACAGCUUGAUCAACACCGACGGCGAGGAAUGGAAGAUGCAGCGGAGGAUGACGCAUAGCCUGAUGAGCAAUCAGAACUUCCGCUACUACGAGCUCAACACUGUCCGAGACAAGGUGGAGGGGGCGCUCCUCCCUCUUCUGCGUGGCGUGGCCGAGAGAGGUAACGCAGUGGACCUUCAGGACGUGUUCCUGAGGCUAACCUUCGAUGUCUCUUGCUCGUUGAUUCUCGGCGUCGAUCCCGGAUGCCUCGCCGAAGGCUUCCCGGUGGUGCCGUUUGCCAAGGCGUUGGACGACGCCCUGGAGGUGAUAUUUUUCCGGCACACGGUUCCGAUGAGUGUUUGGAAGGCGAUGAGGUGGCUGGGAGUGGGUAAAGAGAGGAAGAUGGCCGUGGCGCAGAAGGUGAUGAACCAUUUCGCGGCGAGUACGAUCGCGAAGAGGAAAGAGAAGAUCAACGGGGAGAGAAGCCACAAGGAUGGCGGACACGAAGAGGGAGAAGCAGCAGGCGACAUGUUGACCGUUUACAUGCAUCAACCCAACGGGAAGAACCGGCUCGAAUUCGACAGGUUCAUCGAGGACAACGCCAUCGACCUACUGCUCGCCGGGAGAGACACCACCGCGGCCGGUCUCACCUGGUUCUUCUGGCUCCUCACCUUGCACCCGGAGGCGGAGCAGAAGAUUCUCGAGGAGCUGAAAGCAAACUGGCCAAGAACAGACCUACACGCCAACGCGCCGUUCGAUCGAGACGGGCUGGGGAAGCUCGUCUACUUGCAUGCAGCCCUGUGCGAAAGCCUGAGGCUGUACCCGCCCGGCGCCAUCCAGCACAAAGGAGUUGCCGAGCCCGACACGCUGCCAAGUGGCGAGAAGGUGCGGCCCGGGACGAAGCUACUGUUUCACCUCUACUCCAUGGCGAGAAUGGAGGGGAUAUGGGGGAAGGACUGCGCGGAGUUCAAGCCCGAGAGAUGGAUCACGGAGACUGGAGAGCUCAGGCACGAGCCGGCGCACAAGUUCUUCGCCUUCAACUGCGGGCCGAGGAUCUGCCUGGGGAAGGACAUGGCUUUCACCAUCAUGAAGACCGUCGCCGUCGCCAUGCUUCGUAGCUUUCGCUUUGAGGUGGUGAAGGGGCAUGUGGUGGAACCCAGGCUCUCCAUAGUCCUUCACAUGAAGAACGGCCUGAUGAUGAAGGUGAGGAAGAGAGAGAGGAGUUGGUGA